AUGGCCACUCCUGUUCCAAUACCAAAAUUUAUUAUUAUCUGGUUAGAUCAACAUAUUGGUAUAUUGGAAUCAAAUAAACUAUUAAAAAGUAGUGUUAGUGAACAAACAAAUCCAGAAAAUCCAUCACCAGCGUCUCUCGAAGAUCGUGAUAUUGAUAAUUUAAUUAAAUUUCGAAAUAAUAUCGAAGAAAGUUUUGAUAAAAUUCCCAAAAAUUUAAAAGCAUUUAGUCAAUCAAGCAAAUGUCUUGAUUUAAGACUUUUAAGGGAUGCCGUUGAAUAUUUUAUAUCCGAAGGUGAUGGUGAAUUAUGUCUUGAUAAAAAUCUAGCUUAUUCGGCUAUUUGUUAUUUUAAUUGGAUAAAAAUGCCUAAUGAUGCUACUGUUCCAUAUGAAGAAAAUCCAACUCAUAUGAUUAUUUGGCUUGAUGUUAGUAUCGGAGACCCUAGUAGAUAUCAACACUUAAAAAAAGCGUUUUCAAGUAAAAGUGAUCCCAAACAUGAAAUACCAGUGGAAUUAGUGGAUGCAGAUUAUGACGAAAUACUUCGUGUAGAAGGUCCUUUGCCAAUAGAUUUUGAAGGCGUUUAUUUUUUACUGGCAGCAUUCACUAAUAUUGAAAGCUGCAUCAACUGUUUUGCACAAAAUCAAGAUAAACGAAUUUUUUUUAUUACAUCAGGAUCAUUGGGAAGAGACGCUGUACCAAUUAUUAUAGAAAGAUUUAAAGAAACAUUCACUGAUCCAGUCACUGAUGAACCAUAUAUGUCAAUUUAUGUCUUUUGUCAUGAUAUUUCACUUCAAAUUGAUUGGGCGCUUGAUUACCGUGAUUAUAUUCAAAUAUUCAAUUUUGAUGCAGAUUUACUAAGUCGUAUGAUACGCGAUAUUGGUGAUUACUUUCUUACUGAAAGUAAACGUCUAUUAGAUGAAAGUCCUCCAAAUAAUGCAGCUGCUUAUCAUCGUCUUAGUUGGACAAAGGAACUUUAUUAUCGAUACACCAAGAUGGAAAAGGUCUCGAUGAAGAAAGAACUUGGUGAAGUCGAUCAACUCCUAGAAGACGUGGAAGAGGAAUUAAGAUCAUCGUCCGACGAAGAUGACUAG